AGAAAUAUGAUUUGUAAUGUAUCUGUGUAGAUUUCUUCUACAGAACUACCAACAUAUCCUGGCCUUAGUUUUUGCUAUAAAGGAGAUCAAUGAAAACAAUCACAUUUUAUUCAACAUGACUCUGGGUAUGCACCUCUCUAACAGUUAUUUUAUGGCGAGAUGGACCUACUUGGCUUCAAUGGAGCUCCUCUCAACACGGGGCAGAUUCAUCCCCAAUUAUAAGUGUGAUACUAAGCACUGGGCAGGAUCUGUUAUUGCAGGACCUAACUCUCACAUCUGUCCCUUCAUGGCAAAUGUUUUGAAUGUCUACAAGAUGCCCCAGCUGAUAUAUGGAUCUUCUCCUAUGAGAGGUGACCAGAUACAAGCUGCUUUCUUCCAUCGCUUUUUCCCAGAUGGUGACCAACAGAUUGUGGGCAUUCUCCAGUUGCUGUUGUAUUUUAAGUGGACAUGGAUUGGGCUGUAUCUCCAACGUAAUGAGAGUGGAGACAGAUUCAUUCAAAAUGCUGUUCCGUUGUUUUCCAAACAAGGUAUCUGCUUUGAGUUCAUGGGAGAGAUACCCCAGGAAACAUUUUCUAAUGAUAUUGCUUCAGCCUUUAAAGGUUUUAGCAAAAUGUACGUUAAUGUCAUGAACAGCACUACCAAUAUCAUUAUCGUAUAUUGUGAAAACCAAGUUACCAUCAUUUUUAGACUGUUGCCCUAUUAUAGAGAAUUUGAAGAUAUAUCCAUCGAGAGAAAAGAUAAAGUUUUGAUAAUGCCAGCCCAGAUGGAAUUUACAUCCACUCCCUUUCUAAAAGACAGGGGUAUGGUCUUUAUCCAUGGCGUUAUAACUUUUGAAGUUUCUUCCAAGGAGAUUUUUGGAUUUAAUAAAUUCCUUCAGAUGAGAAACCCACUUCAGAAGCAGAAGACCAUUUAA